GAACUUAGUGUUAUGAUAGGUAGGCCAUUUUAUGCAUACAAACCUUCACAAAAUAGCUUGCGUGAGCUGAGCUUUCUAGGUAGUUAUAAGCGGCAGUGCCUUCUAGACAGCCAAUAAAGUACCAGCCACGCGCAAAUUGGGCGUAGCUAUGAGGGGAAAAGGCUGUUUCUUUUGCCAAACUCGUCGCCAAGUACUAAUCUCUUCUUUCCUCCUAAUCCUUUCUUUAUGGAUCCUCUAUCCGUAAUUGCAAGUAUCGCUGGCGUGUCGACAGCGGGUAUCGCGCUGUCGCGGGCCAUCUACGACAUCAUCUCUUCCGUGAGAAAUGCACCGAAAGAAAUAUCCGACAUCGCCAAAGGCCUCUGUGACUUGUCAUUCAUCCUCAGAGAGCUACGUCGAGUGUUAAAAGACGGCCAGGAUGUUUACCGUCGGCAGCUUAUUCGGCGUGUCGCUUCAGCAAUUAAACGGGUGAGCCGGAUACAAGAUGAGAUCGAAGAUCUGCUCGAUUUGACAGGGAAAGGGGCUAAGCUAAAAUGGCUUUUCAGAAAGUCAAAGAUCCAGGGGUUGUUAUAUACGAUUGAAAGCUAUAAGACUGGUAUUAAUAUGAUAUUGCAGACAAUGAUGCUAGCUGUCCAGCUGAAGCAGCUUUCCAAAGAAGAUGAAAGGAGGAAGAAAUCGAGUACAGUGGGUUUCAAAGAGGAUGAAGAUACCAGGAACGAGACAGUCUUUGCCCGGCAGCAAGUAGAGAACUUCGUUGAGGUGUCGUAUCACUCACUACGAGAGCUUGCAUCUGAGCAGCGAAAUGCUACAUCGCACAGCGAGUCGGAAGAGGAAGAAGAAAGCAAUGAUCACUUGGAACAAUCUCGGGUUCAAAAAUACGAAAGCCCGGAUCCGCACUACUUGGACAGUGCCACAUGGCUCUAUGACCUCGUUUUCUCGUCGGUAAUUGAACAAAACUCGACCUCUAGCAGCGCGUCUACUACACGGCCACACGGUCUCUUAGACCAAUCGGCAGAAGAGAUUCCAUCAAGCCAAGCUCUUACAUAUCAGCGCCAUUCUCCCCCACUGCAACUUCAGUCGUUACAUAGGCACCCGCCCGCAGCCUCCAGAGUGGUUAAUGAGUUGUUAUCGGAAUGGACGACUCUAACUGAAGGCGAAAUCAUGGCAGCCGAUAAAAUCAACUGCAAGCAAAAGGAUUCCAGGCUCACGCCGGACUCCCAUCCAUCCAGCGGCCAGGAGGAGGUGAUCAAGUUCGAGAACGCCGUGGGGACGAAAUUCCUGUUACCGUUCCGAUUGGUACAUAAAUGGAGUAAAAUGGAGGCCAUGAUCAAUCAAAUGUUUGUCCGCGAUGACUUCCGCUACCUUGCCUCUCGAGGUGACUACGACAUCGUAGAUAUGGACAACAAGGUUGUGCCACGCUCAGAAUGGGAGCAUACCGUCGAACCGGGAGACCAUUACAAAAUGAUGUGGCGCCCUGAUGAUAGACGCAGAGAAGCGCCGGCAAGACGAAGGCCAGCCGACGGACACCUUCCGGCGACAUCGAAGAACCCUUCUGGUUCCAGGGAGAAGAAGGCCAAGUCUUCGAAAAAGGGCAAGGAAUACGUAUCCAUAAUACCCUGGUUCUUGGGGCUAUAGAGAGCGUGAAAAGAUGUCCUUCGAGUUCACUAUGGCCCUGGGCUGUAGCCGGCGUCAAUUUCCCCGCGGAGGCUGCUGCCUAUAUUACAAGCUAACUAUGGGCACAUGGAUUUAUAAAAUACUGGUAGGACGAUCAAUUGGCGGGCAUCUCAUUUCAUUUUCUGCGAAACGUGUUCUACACUCGAGUCUUCUUACACGGGGUGGGGGAUUGGUUGCGACGAUCUACCUCAGCACGGAACGGGUAUAACCACCGGCGGCGACUCCAAAAGGAUAGGUAAGGGUACAGUAUAAGCGAGACGCCAGCAGUAGCUGGCUACUGAUAUAUAUAGUCGAUAUAACAAUAUAAAGAGUAUUAGGCGUA